UCAAUCAGGGCACGGACAUAUAUCGGAGCAAGUUAAUCUAACCAAAAAUAUAUAUAUAUAAAAUAGCUUAUAAAAAAGAGUAACGUAUACAUUACGUUAUUUUAGUAUUAUAAUUGUAAAGAAGUCAUUUGAAAGUUCGGUGCGUUACUAGCAGCGCUAGUUUCAAAAUGGCGUCUCCGUCAACAAGGGGAAGACAAUCUCCAAAAAGCCCUAGAACCCCAAGCAAAAAUAAAAACAACUCUCUUCAAGAUGGUAGCUAUCUGGAAACAGAAAACAAGGGUGGCACAUUGAGGCCUACAGAGACCCCAGACCUUCCAGGAAUAAACGAGAGACUUGGGUGUCUACGGCCAUCACGAGAACUCCUAGAGUAUUACAGAAAGAAAAUUGCAGAAUAUGAUGAUGAGCAUGAUGAACUUGUCAGCAAACUUGAGGAAUACAAGGUUACCUACGAGGAACAGCACAGAAUGCAGUGGGAACUACGCCAGCGAGAAGAGGAGAUAGUGGAACUACAGAAGGCUCUAAGUGAUAUGCAAAUCUACCUUUUCCAAGAACGGGAACAUGUUCUUCGGCUUUACGCAGAAAAUGACAGAUUGAAGAUUCGUGAAUUAGGAGACAAAAAGAAGAUCCAAAAACUGCUUGGGCUAGGACCAUCUGCUGAAGGGGAAGUAACCUACUUCUUUAAAGAACCUCCAGCCAGGGUGAUAGUAGAACAACACCCUAAAGCCGCCAAAGGAGCCAACAACCUCACUCAACCAGGAGAUGGCAAAAAGAAGAUGACAGUUCCUGCUGUAGACCGAAGACCUUCCUUCUCCCUGCCACCAGAAGAAAAAUAUCAACAUGAUAAUGAGGUCCUCACACUGCAGGUUGAAGCACUGCAGGCCCAGCUUGGAGAGCAGGCAAAGCUGGCCAAGGAGCAGAUGGAUGCAGUGCUAGAAGACCGUCGUGUAAAAGAGGAAGAAUAUGAAACUCGUCGGCAGCGGGAUGAAGAGAAAAUACGCAUUCUUACAGAGAAGCUUCACAAAACUCAAGAUCUUUUGUAUGACUCAACACGAGACUUCCUUGAGCAACGAUACCAGGGCAGGGCUGAUGAGAGAGAAUGGAUGGCAGAAAAGGAUAAAUUACUGAGACAGCUUGAUGCCUGCAAACAGCAGCUAACUACCAAUACUAGUACACACCAGAAACGCCUAAACAUCUCCACCUUUGUGGAAGAUGUCAAAGCUGCAACAGCAGAAGAGCUAAAAUCUCUUGAGUAUCAGCUGCAGCAGUCUCAGAAACUAUGCGAUAUGUACCGUGAACAAGUCAUUCAGCUGGAGGAUGAGUUGUCUCGCAUUAGAGAGGAAGGUGAUGUCACACGAGAGGUUUUUCAGGAUCGAAGUGAAAAGAUGACUAAGCGUCUACAGUUAAUGAAUGCUCGAUACCAAGACCUAGAGCGGCGGCGUGCCCUAGAGGUAGAGGGCUUUCAGACAGAUAUCAAGAACUUACGACAGCGUCUUAAAGAUGUAGAAAGACAGUUAUACAAGGUGACCUUGGGUUUUGCUGAAGACAUGGACAUCAAAAAACCAGAUGACCUUGAUAUGCAGAUUUUGAGAAAUGUGCGCCGUACAGCUGGUCGCUCCAAGAAAAUUAUGGGGGAAUUAAAACUUUUGAAAGCCAAAGUAUAUGGGCUUGAAAGUGAUCUCAAACAUUUGUAACCUCACGAUUCUCAUUGGAAAGGUUGUUAAAAUAUUUUGUUGUAUGAAUGAUCUGUCUGCAUAAACAUGUUGAUGAAAAAAAUGGAUAAAACUGAUGUUUUAGUUUUUGGUCCUCUUCUCCAUAAUUUGUGAAUUUUUUUAUUUUUUUUUUUUUAAAGCUGUAUAAAAAUGACCAAGGCAAAGAUGUUAAGCUAUAUCUCAGACCUUCUGAUGUACAUUUUCUAUUCCUCCUUUGAUUACUUAUUAUAUAUUUUUAGUGCGCCUUUAGAAAGUGCAGACUGCUGACAAAAGAAAUUAGCAGACACACAUGGUUCAAAAAUCAUUUUCGUGGAAUAGAAAAUAUCCUAACCAUUCUGCUUGAGAACAUUGUAUAUUAAAGGGUCACCACCACCACACAGCUUCUCAUGCAAAAUCAUCUUUUGCUUGAUCUUAAGACCAAAAUACACAUAUUACUUACCUUUUAAGUUAUUACAUAAUCAUUACACACCAAAAACUUGAUGUGCUCUAACCAGGUUAAAUCAGUAGGUCUCCACAGUCAGAGGAGCUAUUGUAUCAAUAAGAAUCAUGCACAACUUCCUAAUUACAUAUUUUUUGUAUGAUGGCAGCAUUGGGUGUGAGCAUCUUGGUAUUGUAUUCAUGAUUGUUCAAGAAAAAAGCUGCUUUCCUCCACUUCACACAUACCAAAUUUUUUCCAUCGUUGGAGCCUUCAUCAUUACACUUUGUAAGCAUUAAAUCAUAAAACAACAGGACAUAUCACUACCAACACAAACAUUUCAUGUUGUGUUUCAAUUAUUUCAAAACAUUUUGACGUUUUUAUUUAGUUGGUUUUUUGUGAUUUUAUGAGUACUCAGUGCUUCAUGUAAACCAAAAGUUACUACAUUGUUUUGUUGUGUUUUUUUUUAUUCGAAGAUGCACAACAAAUUAUCAGUUACAAAAAAAAUCACUGCAUGCUACAGUUGUGUAGUAACCUAACUAGAAGUCUUAAUAGAUGCAUGUCUAAUAUGAAUAGCUAAUGUAUUUAAUGCAUGACACUUGAGCAUAAGUCAAUUAGUCUGUGUUAAAUUUUCUUGUAGUUUGUUGACAGAUUGGUCAUGCUUUGUGACAUUCUAAAUAAAACUGGCUUGCAAACAAGAGGUGUGGAGAAGUCCCACAUAAUUUUGUCAAACGCCCUGCUUACUAUACUUUAAAAAUACUAAUGUUUUCAAAACUGAGAAAACCUUUCAAAAUAUGUAGCAACUACAAUUAGAAAUUACAUAUUGGCUUAGAUGAUGUAGAUUUACUUUUUAUAUUUAUUUCAUGAAGACACUGUAUUUGAUCAAAAACUAGUUUAGUAAAUCACUGAUAGUCACAAUAAUAAUAAGAAUUUUGCUACUCAUGAGCUAUAAAGUGAAAUAAGUUACUGUUGUGCUAAUGAAAAUAAACUCUAAUUUGACAUGCACUUGGUGUGAUAAACCUUGCCGACCUGUUUAAAAUGUAGAAAACUGCAUUUAGACAUUCCCUUAACCCUAUGCAUACAAAAACCAAAAAAAAAAAAAAAAAGGUUAAGGAUCUAAGGAUUGUUUUUGGUUGGUCGAAUUAAAGUAUUAUCAAAGCUUAAUGAGAUCAGAAGGGAAUUAGAAAAUAGUGUGUGUUUGAUGCUUAUUUCUUUCUCCUUUCUCUUCCUCCACUCCCCCUCCCAAGUCUGCUACACUACACAGCUAUAUAUAUAUAUGUGUGUUUUAUUAGAGUAAGAAAUAGGCAGAAUGUCUUGAAAGUGUAAAAUUGAAAACUGAAAAAGCGAAUAAUCUGUGAUAGCUGGCAUCAUUAGCUGUACUUUAUUAUAUGCCGAUUGUAUACCUUUAUAGAUAUUAGUGCAUGUGAUGUAGAGCCUAUUGCAUUUAUAAAGUGUGAUGUACACUGUAUUCUGUUUGUGAUCAGAGGCAGUUUACUUGUAAAAUCAUGUAAAGAAAUACUUGGCAUGUUCAAUAAGUGUUAGAACCAACGAGCAUAAAGCAUUGUUAGUUGCAUAUAUUAUUAGGGUUUAGUUUUCCUUUUGCUUGGAUGCCUGAUGUUUGCAAUCAUUUAAAUGUGACAGCUGCUGCUGUUCCUGAUCAUAAGUGUCUGAAAUAAAAUGAAGUAUAAUUUCCUUCAUAGAAUUUUUGAUUUUCAUCAUCAUGGGCAAUUCUUUUUUAAUGCUUUAGACUAUCAUGUUUGCUAAAAACUUCAUCUUAUAUAUAGAAAAUACUUCUUCGUGCCAGCAGCCAUCACCAUCCUAAAUAAAAGACACGAGGACUCGUAGGUCUACUGGCACCUGCGACAAAACCUAUUUGUUUGUGAGAAUGUGUAGGUGCGCAUGUAUGUUAAAUGUCUGUAUGAGUGUGUAUGCCCGCCCAUCAUAUUAUAUGUGUUUGUGACCAAAAGAAAAUUUCUUUCUUGUGUUCCUCGACAGACAAUAAAGUUUGAUUUGAUUUGA